CUUUUGCAUGGUAUCUUUCCCUACUGCAUUUCAUUUUUCUUCUUUAACAAACGAAAGAGAAAUUCAUUUCUCUAAACAGGUUGUUCUCAUUUUUAAUCAAGAGAAGAGGAGAUAUGGAUUUGAAAUUUCUUCUUCUUCAAGCUGUUGGCGUCAAUAUGAGAUGGUGGUCUGUCUAAUUCGCUGCAACAACAGUGUCACAACAACCGAUUUGGGGGGUUUUGUAGUUCAAUAAAAUGGGAGUUGUUCUUGAGAUAGUAAGGAUUUAGUGGAUCUGUGCUGUGAUUAAAUGGUUGCUGGAAGAUUACCAGGUGGGGAAAAUCAAAUGGAAGGGUAUCUGUUCAUGGAGAUGAUGAUUAUGGUGCUGAUUGGUGACUUUCAAAUUGAUAAGGAAGAUGGAGAUUUUACAGAAGCAACUCUUGUCAAAGAAAGAUGUGAAACCUAGACUGAUUAGGUGGGUUCUUCUUUUGCAAGAGUUCAACCUAGAAAUCAGAGAUAAGAAAGGAUUUGAGAAUGUUGUGGCUGAUCAUCUAUUUAGGAUAGUACUUGAGUCGUCUUUUCAAAGUGAUGUGGUAGAAACUUUUUCUGAUGAACAGUUGUUUAGUGUAUCACUAACACCUUGGUAUGCAGACAUUGCAAACUAUCUUGUUGUAGGUCACAUUCCAGCUCAUUGGACUCAACAAGACCAGACAAAGUUCUUUGUUGAAGUGAAAUUUUUUAUGUGGGAUGAUCCGUUUCUGUUUAAAGUUUGCCCUGAUCAGCUGAUUCGAAGGUGUGUGCCAGAAUUUGAACACCACAAUAUCUUGAAUUUCAGUCACUCUAGUGCUUGUGGAGAACACCUUUCAGAUGUCUGGCUGGAGACAUAAAAUUCAGUGCUUUAGGGAGACAACCCUCUUCUGAUGUGUUUGUGGGUAUCUCAGCUGGAAGCCCUCACGAGACAGACUCGUCCUCUUGUGCGAGCUUGAGGUUUAAAGGUUUGUUGCAUGGGCUAAAUGCAACCGAACCGACCUGCGACAAUGGUAAAAUAAUGUAGUUUUAUUUUCUUUCUUUUCUUUAUCAUGAAUAGUCAUCCCCUUUUCACUUUUGAACUGUUUUUAACCACUGCCACAUUGGGGACAAUGGAGGAAUUAAGUGUGGGGGAGUUUUGGGGUAAAUUAAAUCCAUGCUUUUAUGAUUCUUUGUCUGCAUAUUCAGGUUCAUUGUUUCUUUGUUUGCUUGUACAUUUUAAUCCAAAAAAAAAAAUGAAGUGAAAAUUUUACACGAUAAAAUCAGUUGUUUAGCGGUCUUUCUACCACUGUUUAGUGGUUUCGUCCAGCUGUUUAGCGGACUCGCCUAGCUGUUUAGCAGACGUCUCUCAAUAUCCAGCUGUGUAGCGGAUAUAAUUUUUUCUCUUGUUUUGCUCGGGACUAGCAAAAUGUAAGUGUGGGGGAGUUUGAUAAGCACGGAAGUGCGACAUUUUUAUACCCAUAUUUACACUAGUUAGGUCUCGUUAGCUAGCCAAUAACAUUGUUUUAAGUCAUUUACAGGAAAUAAAAGUAUAAUCUGUUCACCCAGAGGAUAAAUGGCUUAGAAGCUAAAUUGUCCCUUGCAACUUACGGUGCCAAUGAGUCAGGAUAAUGAUUAGCGGGCUGCCUUGUUAUUUGCUUGAAGUUGGUCGCACCACCUGAGAUAACUAGGCCGCAGACAAGCAUUCAAGCACCUCGGUUCCACUAGGGGCUAAAGUUAGAUCUAAAACGUGGCUUGUUCCACCACCACAUCUUUUGUGUGGUAUCUUCCCCUUGCAUUUCAUUUUUCUUCUUUAACAAACGAACGAGAAAUUCAUUUCUCUAAACAGGCUGUUCUCAUUUUUAAUCAAGAGAAGAGGGGAUCUGGAUAUGAAAUUCCUUCUUCUUCAAGCUUUCGGCGUCAAUCUGAGAUGGUGGUCUGUCUAAUUCGCUACAACAACAGUGUCACAACAACCGAUUUAGGGGUUUUGUAGUUCAAUAAAAUGGGAGAUGUUCUUGAGAUAGUAAGGAUUUAGUGGAUCUGUGCUGUGAUUAAAUGGUUGCUGGAAGAUUACCUGGUGGGGAAAAUCAAAUGGAAGGGUAUCUGUUCAUGGAGAUGAUGAUUAUGGUGCUGAUUGGUGUCUUUCAAAUUGAUAAGGAAGAUGGAGAUUUUACAGAAGCAACUCGUUCACGACAGUAGCUCUCUGCUAGGUGAUGAUGUAUGUGGUCGAAUGGGUUCUCUGAUUUGCAGUUGGUGUUGAUAUGAGAUUGGCAGAAAAGUUGGGGCAUGAAUCUGGGGGUUCUCGUUUGAGUAUGCAACAGAGAUUGAAGUUACAACAUCAGCAACACCAAAGGAAACAUAAUUUAGGGGUUUUGAAAUUAAUUGGAAUGGGUAGAGUUCUUGAGAUGUGGGUGUUUGGUUCGAAUGAAGAAGUGUUGUUACUGCUAUGGUUAUUAUUGUUGAUUCAUGGGUCCGUUGCAGGCAGCAAAAAUGGGGACUUUGGUUGAUGUUUACAUUGACGGAAUUGUGAGACUAUAGAGUCAAAUAUAGGUAAUGAGCAACUAAUUUCAGCUGGUGUUAGCAGAGAUACGAGGAAGAGAUAAAACUAUGUGGAGUGAUUUUUCCCCCAAUCCAGGAAGGGUUUGAAUCAGUCAUUAGAGAUGGGUGUGAUGUGUACCCAACGGAGAGAUGAAUAAGGCAGGAAAACAGGGUUGAAUCCGGAAGUCAGAGAACAAGUCACAACAGUUGUGUAUAAAGGAGGACAAUAAUCAACAAAGGAGGGUACGACUGAAUACUGAAAUCUGAGUUCUCCUUUGCUUUCUAUUUUUAAUUCAGUUCUUUUUAGUUCUCUUGGGUGUUGGAGUUUUUGAUUCAAUACUUUUAAUGGCUAUCUACACAACAAUGAGAAGCUAAACCCCUCUCUGCCAAGACAAGAGGGGAAGCUUAAUGGGUUAAAUGUUCUUAAGUUAUCAACAAUAAAGCAUUUUAAUGCUUAAUCCAUUUCAUCUUUGUUUGAUUGUUGUUUUGUGUUGAGUGUGCUUAUAAACUUGUUUUAUGUUGAGUGUGUCCAUAAACUUCAUAGAUUUAGUGUGAUUUCUGGAUACAUUGAAUGCUAUGAAAUCCCUGUGACACUUUUCAAUUGGGCUUUGUAUUUAGAACAUAAUAUCAAUUUUAUGUAAUGGUAUUUUUAA